CGAUUUUCGGUAAAGCAUUUGUGCUUGUUUCCCGUCUUUGGGUUGUUUGCUCGCUCGCUCGCUUGCUCGUCCACUAGAUCUGAUUCCACAACUCCCGAGGCUUCAAAACACGAGUUUGAAACGCGUCUCCACCUCCUCGAUCCGGUGCCCGUUGGACCCAGAUCCACCCGAGUCCGCCCACUCUUGCGUGAACUGACUUUGUUCCAUUGUACCCCAUGGCCUCCACUUCAUCUACCAGCACUUCAACCUCGGCCGUCCCGCCUCUGGCUCCGUCCACUUCGACGGACGUAGCCAUGAGCGAAUCCUCGCGGAGUAGUAGUCGUAUUGCCAGUGGGGGUGGUCACGGGGCUAAUGGAGCCUUGGGAGGACCCAGCACGCCCUCCACGAUGUCUUUCAGUGAAAUCCGCGUGUCGCAAUUGGACGAAUUCGGCACACCCACGCCGAAAUAUGAUUUUGCCGUCAUCAUGGUGGCCGAAUAUGAUCCUGAGGGCAUGUUGAUCAAACUAUACAACCCGGCGAGUUUGUCCCAGGGUCGGGUGGAGCAAGAGUUUUUGGUCAAGCAGUCGGUGGAAUCGGCUCGUGUGGGUCGGCAAGGCAUCAUUUUCCACUUGGACGUGGAAACCAUCCUCUUGAGGUUUCAAUCCGAGGAACCGGCCCGAAAAUUCACGCAGAUGGUGAAUAGUAUCAGAUCCGGUACCCAAGUUUCAGUGUUCAAAGAACGAACCGAAGAUUCAUCCGCCAUGCAGUAUUUCCAGUUUUACGGUUACCUGUCCCAGCAACAAAACAUGAUGCAGGAUUACAUCCGAACCUCGACGUACCAAAGAGCCAUUCUCUCCAAUUUGGCCGAUUUUCGCGAUAAGAUCGUUUUGGAUGUGGGUGCUGGAUCGGGAAUCUUGAGCUUCUUCGCUCACCAAGCCGGGGCCAAGAAGGUAUACGCUGUUGAGGGUUCCAGCAUUGCCAAACAUGCCGAAGCUUUGGUCAAGAGCAAUCGAGUGGAUCAAUGCAUCCAGGUGAUAUCUGGUAAGAUCGAAGAGAUUGAACUGCCAGAAAAAGUGGAUAUGAUCAUCUCGGAGCCCAUGGGCUACAUGCUGCUGAACGAACGCAUGCUUGAGACCUAUCUGCACGCUAAGAAAUGGCUCAAACCUUCGGGCAAGAUGUUCCCCUCUCUUGGGGAUUUGCAUGUGGCCCCAUUCCAAGAUGAGGCUCUCUACAUGGAGCAAAUCAACAAGGUCAACUUCUGGUAUCAGGAGUUCUUCCACGGAGUGAAUCUGAGCUCCCUGAGAGAUGCUGCCUUGAAGGAAUAUUUCCGUCAACCUAUCGUCGACACCUUUGACAUACGUAUCUGCAUGGCCAAGACCCAGAAGCACACCAUUGAUUUCCAAAAGGCCCACGAAACGGAUCUCCACCGAAUCGAAAUCCCUCUAGAAUUUCAUCUCCUCGAAUCGGGAACCGUGCACGGGUUGGCCUUUUGGUUCGACGUGGCCUUCAUCGGCACGGGAUCCACCGUGUGGCUCUCGACUUCGCCCACGGAACCAUUGACUCACUGGUAUCAAGUGCGGUGUCUUCUGGACACGCCCAUUUUUGUCAAGCAAGGUCAGAUCAUGACAGGCAAAGUCCUGAUGGUGGCCAACAUGAAGCAGAGCUACGACGUCACAAUUGAAUGCCAGGUCAUGGGAACAAAUAUUAAGUCCACAAACUCGCUCGAUUUGAAGAACCCGUACUUCCGUUACACUGGGGUUCAACCUGCACCCCCGCCAGGCGAGAACCACACGUCGCCUAGUGAGAACUAUUGGUCCCAAGUGGACAUGCAAGGAGCACGGCAGGCCAUGAACUUGGUGAACGGAAUGAUCGUAGAUGGCCUAGGUCACGUGUCUCUGGACAACAACACAGCCAACGUGCCCACCAACCUGUCUGCCUCCGCCAAUAUCCAUCAAGGAUCGAUUCCAGCCACUGGCCGGAAGCAACAGGCAUCCACGGCCAACAGCGUACCGAACGCGUCGAGCAACGGCACCACGCCCAUUCCGCCCACAAGUGCUGCCAAUUCGCUCCAAUUCAAUCAGCUCAUCGGUGGGGGUGUCAGUCCUAGUCUGAUCUCACAAGGCUCUGCCAAUAUGAUGAUCGGGGACUAUAUGCAAGGACAAAGCGGCACUAACUUGAUGAAUGCCAUGAGUGGGAGUCAUGGAUCUAUGCCGCAACCCGCUCAUGCCAGUACAUCGGCCUCCACGGCUAAUUUAAGACACUAAGCGCCGUGCGGACUAGAAAAAAAAACCACAAUCCAGAAUUCACGAUGACUGACCUCUCCCGAAUUUGAGAAUCACAACCCUAACACCAACCAUCUCCUCUACUAUACGGUUCAUGCGGAUCGGAUCUGCGUGUUUCUUUGUUACUCACAUUUUAUCUCUUUUUUUUAAAGUAGAGGAGGAUGGAUAUUGCUCAACAUAUUCCCUACCGUAUCGUUCCCUUUUUCUCUUGAAACCCUCUGAAAUGAGCAAACGAAGCAUUCAUAGUUGAUCUAUCGUUUUUGUGCAUAAUAUUACGAGGCUUGCGACGGUUCUCUUCGUGAUCUUGGCAAUUUCUCAUAACCUCAAUCUAAUCUUGUACAUUUAAGAAACAAAACACAUUUUAUUCCCCACUAGAGUAGCCUAUCAUUUUCCCUUCCUUGUAUUGAAGAUACCCACAGCCUAAUUUGGAACCGUCUUCAUAGUAGCCCUUUGAUCAAAUCAACAUUCCGAAUUCAGCUCUUUACAAACCACACCAGAUGACCAAGUAUAGUGACUCUUGUAUCAAUUUGACACGGUUCCCACUUCUCUCAGCCAGACUGGUCACGACUUUAUGCGAUUGAUGUUUGGAAAAUGGACAACCUUAACGAUCACAAUCUCCACACAUGCAUCAACAUUAUUAUCUUUCCUUGUUCGGAGAGGCGAAAUACACAAACAGAUUGCUGACCUUGUGGGUCAAUGAUCGUGGUCUCUUUGAA